AUGCGCUCGCUGGUGCGCGCGGAGCCCUCGGCCGCCAACGCGGGCACGCCGUACGACAGGCGCACGCCGCUGCACCUGGCCGCCGCGAAGGGGAACACGGAGAUGGUGCGUUUCCUGAUGGAGGAGUGCGGCGCCAACCUGCAGCGCGACCGCUUCGGGCUGCUGCCCAUCCACGACGCCGUCGAGAACGGCCACAACGAGGUCCGGCGCUUCCUGCAGGGCCGGAGCCUCGGCGAGGAGGCGUUCUCGUCGGACGCGUGCGCGCGGCGGAGGCUCCCGUCGGGGUCGUACAUGAACGCUGAUGGCUGUGCCGUGCUCUCGCCUUCCCAGGAGAACAUGAGCACGGUCUUCGAGCUGAUCGUCAAGGAGGGCAUCUUCAGCUACAACACCGUGCACGCGGAGGUCCAGCACUUCUUCAAGGGCCUCGGGCUGCACCCCAUCUACUUCGAGCACUUCACGCCCCUGCAGGUCGCCAAGCACAUCCACUGCCUCAUCUCGGGUCAACUCGACACGAACUUGCCGCAUGCAGUUUGUUCGUCCUCUGUCGUCGCCGCGAAGCGCGUGGCGCGCGCGACGGACAACGUCGGCAUGAUGCGCUUCGCGUUCGAGGCGGACCGCGGCGGCUUCUUCCUGGCGGCCAUUGACUCCCCGGAGCCCACCGAGGCCCAGAAGCGGACGGAGGAGAAGGUGGCGGCGUACCUGGAGAAAGCUGAGCCAGGCAAGGACAACGUCUCCCUCACCUUCAUGGCCUCCGUCGGACCAGCCUUCCAGCAGGGCAAGGAGCGGCUGGGCAUCUGGUCGGCGGACCGCAACUACUUCGACGCCACCAGCAGCAUCUCCGAGGACGAGACGUCCCUCGAGGUCCUGGCCUCGACCCGCUUCCUGAGGCGGAAGACGAAGAUAGCCAAGGCGCAGUACCAGCUCCUCAUGGACGACGUCGUGGCGUCGCGCCGCAGCAUGGUGCGAGUGGUGGAGGGCAGCGUCUACCCGGGCCCCUACCCGGGGGGGUUCGUGCUGCUCUUCGGCACCGCCGAGACGGUCGGCCGCCAUUAUGGGUCGGCGGAUUUCCUAAUGAUGUGCCACGCCAUGCGUUUCGUCGGGCUCACGCCCCGGAGGUUCUACUGUGAAACGUUUGCCAACGGCGUCAUCACUUACAGCCUGUUCUUCCCCUCGGCAAAAGGAAGCGAUAUGCAGAAGCUCGAGACGAUCAUGUAUUCGACGUUGUUGAAGUCGUUCCCUGGCAAGUCGCUCGUCAUCUUCAACAGCGUGAUGCAGUCAAAGGUAUCGCACGAGGUGGGCCUCUACCUGCUCGCGGCCGUGAAGUUUGUGUACCAAUUCUUCCCUAAGGAGCGAUACGCACGGCAGUACACCGAUUUGCACAAGCUCCUGGAGAGAGACCAGGCGAGCCAGCGCAAGCUCGAGGACUUGUACAGGCUCUGCAUGAAGGAACUGAUGGCCCCAGAGCGCAUCUACGACCUGGUGCAGCGCAACUUUGGCCUCGCGGGUCGCUUCUUCGAGGACUUCCAGGCCAUCGCUCUAGGACGCAAGGAGCCGCACUUCAACGAGGAGCUCGCAGCGGAGAUCGACACAUCCGUCACCGAGCCCCAGGACCGGCAGAUCUUGCGGAUGUUCCUGACUUUCAACGAGGGUAUGCGGCUCACCAAUUUCUUCACGGCCGAGAAGUCGGGGGCCAUGUCGUUCCGGCUCGAUCCGCGGGUCGUGCUGAAGGAUCGCCUCGCCACAAUGUAUCCAGAGAUGCCUUACGGGAUCUACAUGGUGGUUGGGCGGGAUUUCUACGGUUUCCAUGUGCGCUUCCGCGACGUGGCGCGAGGGGGCAUCAGGUUGGUUUGCUCGAGAACCGUGCGGGAUUACGAGCGAAACAGCGCCACGCUUUUCGACGAGUGUUACAAUUUGGCGUUGAAGCAACAGUUCAAGAACAAAGACGUCCCCGAAGGCGGAGCCGUCGGCGUGAUCUUGCCAGAUUCUUCUUGGCCCGCGCAGGGGGGCAACGUGCUGCAAGGAUUCACUUCGCAGAGCCCCGUGGCGAUGCGGUCCUGCUUCGUGCGGUUCGCCGGGUGGCGGACUGGACUGCAUGCAGCCAGAGAAGACUGGCAUCUUCAGCCACCUGAAGAGCGGCGGCGAGCUGCUCUACUUCGGGCCCGACGAGCACACCAGUGCCUUCAUGGACCUUGGCACCACCCUCGCGCGGAAGAGGGAGCACCCGUUCUGGAAGGCGCUUUUCUCCAACAAGAGCGUCAAGAACGCAGGAGUGCCGCAGGAGAAGUACGCCAUGACCACCGCCAGCAUCCACACGUACGUCGCCGAGCUGCUCAAGGAGCUGGGCGAGGACGAGGAGAGCAUCACCAAGGUGCAGACUGGCGGCCCCACCGGCGUCCUGGGCUCCAACGAGAUCCUCUCCUCGAAGGACCGGACCAUCGCCAUCGUGGACGGCUCCGGCGUGCUGUACGACCCGGCGGGCCUCAACCGCGAGGAAUUGCGGCGCCUGGCUGUGGGCAAGGUGUCCAUCCGCGAGUUCUCGCAGCGCCUCCUGGGCAAGGGCGGCUUCCUCGUGACGAUCGACCAGAUCGAAGAAGAAACAAUUACCAAUGUCAGACUCCCCGACGGGUCGCAAUGGCGGACCGGCGCGGAGUUCCGCGAUUCGUUCCAUUUCACCGACUUUGCCCAGGCGGACCUUUUCAUGCCUUGCGGCGGCCGCCCCAACUCGGUGUCCUCUGA